UCACCUCAACAGGUUUUACUAGCUAGUGAUAACGAAUCAUAAUAACAACUCAAUUUUACAAUAGAUAUAGUCCAAAUUACUAUAAAGUAUAAGAUAAUUUGUUUGAGAUUGAACAGGGUGGCUGUACUUGAACAUCUGAAUGAACUGUAUUUUCCGGUAUGCGCGUGUUAGUGAGUGGAUUACGAAGAAGAUAUCCGAGCAUGGAGCGAUGAGUCAACGAGAGCAAAUGGUGAAUUUCACUGUUUCACGGAUUUUUCAUGUUACAUUUCUUUCUUUACCGUUGUGUGGCAUGAAGGCAACCUGUCCGUUGGACCUGGGUCAGGGCGUGUGAUAUUAGAUGUUUGUGUGAUUUGUAAUUAUAAUGGAAAAGCUACGGUUCAAUAAGACAUUCAAUUCGUCAUCGUGAAUCAAUCUUACUACACACGAAAAACGAUAAGCGAUAUUAAUAUCAAUAUCAUGGAGGACAACGUAAAUUGUUUGGAAAAGAUAACUCAAGAGCAGUGGAAAAAUUUUCGACAGAGGAGUGUAUGUGAAAAGGAAAAUUAGGUGACGAAAAUUUUCCAUUGACUGACCGUCUUUUGGAUUUGGACUUUUGGAUGUUCAACUACGUGAUGGAUGAGUGUUGAUGAAGUUAAUGCUGUUCAAAAGAGACAAUAUUUCAUCGAACAAAAUCUACAUGGCGUAUUUUACAACUCUUGCACAAUAUUCGUAUACCUGCCGUUAAAACCUGCAUGUAUAAUUGAAUGGAAAGUUUCUUUUUUUUGUUCUACAUGAGUGCGAACAAAAUCAAGAGGAUACAAUUAGUGGGGUUAGUGAAAGACAUGAAGAGAACACAUUUUCUCUAAACGGGGGGCAAGAAUUUUCGUUCUUUGUGUGUUUAUGCAAUCAACAUUAAUAUGAGAACAUAUCCAUUGACUGUAUGAUAUCUACAGAGACUAUUUAUUUAAAUUAAAAAGUGAAGUUCAAUAAUUUGAAGGAGAUCACAUCCCAAUAAUUUUUCUUUGUUGAUUAGUGAAUUGAGGAACUCACAGCCGAAUACAACGGUUUCAAUGCAAUGGAUGAACAGUCGCAUUCUCAAGCCGCCCUAAUGUAACAGAAUAUUGAUUUAAAAUACGUAGAAAAAAAUCUUUUUUGUAGUGAGUUUAACAAGAAAUUAGCCAACGUGUUAAACAAAGCAAUUUUAUAAGUGCGCCCAUUUCCUGUUUUAAAAACGAUAGAAACUAUUUAGGGUUGGAGUUUAAUCACACAAUAGCAACAAAAGAUGUCAAAUUAAUCUCUCUCUAUCCUACGUCGAUUAGCAUAACAUGCGUGAAGCUUUCCCAAGUCUUCCAUUUGAUACCAAAGCUGCAGAAGUGAAACUGUUACCAUUACUAUCAUUAUUGCCAUCGUCGAUAUCGUUACCUUUGUCUGUUGAUCGGAUACCCAAGGAGCAAGAGGCGCCGAAAGAAUUGAAACCACUGUCACCAGUAUCAUCAGCUUCGGGUACAGUUUUGCCAUCGUUUAAUACAUCAGUAACUCAUAACUCAGUAACUCUAUCAUACGACCAGGAGAUAGAUAUAAUUAUCACAGAAAAGAUUAUAAUUAAUAGAGAGAGUGAAACCAUUAAGGAGACAUUGGUGGAUAACGAUCCCGAGAAGAAUGUUAUACUUGAUACUCACGGCAUACAAAGCCACGUUGGCACUCUGCCAUCAACAAUCGUCCCAGCAACAUCAGCAACAACGGCAUCAACAGGAACAGGAACAAUCAGCUCAGCGGCACUAGUGGUGUCAGCUGCAGCGACAGCGUCCAGUGGAACUGCCGGAAGUGGAAGUUCUACUGUGGCAGCAACGACAGCGUUAACAACCCCGUCUUUUGGGGAACUAGAAGAGUUACAAAAUAUUCUACAUUUUCCAGAGGAGGUUGCACUGCGCAUCACCGAUACCGAGUACCAACUAUACUAUCAGGCAUGUGCGAACGAUUUCAUCAAUGAUUCGAUUCUUGAACUACAAAAAGAGAGGAUCUCUAAUUCGAUAGAAACCAACACUCUUACACUAGCUACCCCAAACACAACAAGCGCUAGCUGUAGCAGUAGUAGUAUCGCUAGUGGCACAAGAGAGCUACCCCUUGUGACAAUUUCUUCCUCUACAGUGAUCACUAACCCCGGUAUCCUUAAUAACGCUAACACCAGUGCUAAUGUGACGGAUGCAAACAAAUCUCCAAGUGGUUAUUCAUCAACUCUGAAUUCUAUAAGGAAACGAUUUGAUGAGACCAGUGCGUGGACCAACUACUUUAUCCUGCAACAAGGUACACAAGAUGAACGAAAAGCGGCCUUUGCAUGUUUGUUGCGUGUUGCUAUUUCAUGCUGGAAUAUUGGAAACUUCAAUGGUGCUAAAGAAAUAGUGGAUGGUCUGAAAUCAAUAAAAAAGGAAUCUUUCUGGAUAUCUACCACUGAUCGAGGGAGAAAUUCCGUAUACGAAUUCCUCACAACAGUUUUUGAUUCGGUCGAAUACGAUAAUGCAACCACGAGAGCAUUGGCAAUCCCGACAUGUCGUGUUAUUCCUUAUUAUAAAAAUCAUAUUGAUGAAAUCAAAUGCUUGGUACGUACAGCUCAACAAACGCAUCAGCAGGAUUCAACGCAGACUCAGAAAGAAAAAUAUUAUCUGGGUGAUGCAAAGCCAAUUAAUUUGCGUGAUGAUGAAGAGCUUUUACAAAAGCUGUCUAAGGUGGCAUUACCUAUGACAUACCCUGAAAGACUAAACACUCAAACAACAGUAAUAUCAUCGUUUGAAUCAACGGUAUCGGAAUCGCUGGACGAGCCGGAUGUUGAUUCCUUAGCAGGAGAAAUAUAUUCACGCGCAUUGCCAGCUUUGCAUAAAAUUGCUGCGUUUGAAGAUCAUCGUAGCAAGUUAUGUCGAGAGUUACCCCAUACUUUAUUGGAAUACCUGAGAGCAGCCGCAAAUAGUCCUCGUCAGACCAAAAUUCCAUUGUAUCAGCCGUCGAAUCUUCAAGAACUAGAGGAAGACUAUGAAGUGGAAAUAGGCAACUACAACACAGUUCAACCUCUGUUUUUCGAUCAUGGGGUCAGCAUCGUUCCACUUUCAGCGAGAAAAUCAAAUGCUAUUGACCACCACAUUUUGCAGAUUCUGCAUCAUGGCACAACCGCCGUACUUUGGGAACCUGACGUACCUUCGGAGAGAUCGACCUACAUAUAUUUGCGAUUGGAACGAUCAUGUUCACAUAUAUCGUGGCAGAGAGCAGCCUGGCGUAGAAUAAAAUCUCAACAGGAUUUCAUCAUAAAUCAAAACCCAGAGGAAAAUGUUGCAUGGAGGUUUGCAUCACGAUAUUCGUCGACUGCUGGCGAAACAGAUAUUCAGUGUCAGAAUCUUGAGGAAGGUAUGCUAGACCUUGGAACGGUUAAAGACAUAACGAUGGGUUCCCGCAAUCAUGAAUAUGACCCAGACAUUCUAUUGGCUGGAAAACGAUAUGGAUUGACACACGUGGAGUGUUGUGUGUCACUAUUAUAUGGAAGCAUUGCUAGUGAAAAUCGAAUUUUGUGUAUAUUAUGUCCACCGAUGCUAUGUCGAGCCUGGUAUGUUGGUCUUAAUUGGAUGCUACGGGGAUUCCGCCGCCAACAAAGCUUAAUCGAUCGAUCUAUGCUGUGGCUAAAAGAACUAUACAUUCAACUCUAUUUUGAGGAGGGUGCUUGUAGUGAACCUACUGUAGCCGAUGCUAUCAAAGCUUUCGGUGGUCAACUUUACAUGUCUUCCAUCAAGUCUUUGUCUGGGACACAUAUCAACGACUCGGCACCAGAAAUGACACUAACUGCAGUAAAUUCGGCACCGCAUAAGAAAGAUUCCAAUGUUAAGAUUCGUAAAAAACGAUCUGUCGCUAACUUACUCAACCAAAAUAAUGUUAACAGCUAUAGUAGUCCUAUGAUAGAUCAUAAUUUCAGUGAAACGGAAAAAAAUCGAUUCACAGAGCGUAGGAAAGAACGCAACGGUUCACAUGAUCAACUCUGGCAGAAUAUGAAAAACUUGCGAAUAGGAACAGUUACGCAUGAUACUCAAUUAGAUUUUCUAAGUUUUCUUUCUCUGUAUAGAUCAUUUAGUGUGUUAACUAGGCAUGAUCUUCGAGACAUUUUCAAUCAGUUAGCAGUUGUAUCGGUCUGUCAGACAACACUCAACGGUGAAAAAAGUAGAAGUGCUCCUGAGCUUUCACAAGUGGCUGUAAAACGGAAAAUUGGACUCUUAACACGCAACUGUUCAUUGGACUUGCACUUGUCAGACGCAAAACAUGCGAAGAAAAAGCAUUUUGAUGCCAUUGCUGCCUCUAGCAUCGCCGCCAAUAAUGAUUUCCUGUCAUGCAACAACAAAGUGAUCACGAUGGCUACACUGAAAAAAUUUCUCGAAACGCGUCAGAUGGAGCUGCUAAGCGACGAGGAUGUGAAAUCCAUUAUACAACGUCACGAACCGGAAGCUGCACAUCGCAUAGAAAAUUGCAUUAGUUACGAAGGGUUCGCUCGUUUUAUGAUGGAUAAGAAUAAUUAUGCAUUCCUCAGCGAACUUAUGCCGGAAAGUUCAUACAUGAACCUGCCCCUUUCGCAAUACUAUAUUGCUUCAUCACAUAAUACGUACCUCACUGGCCAUCAGCUCAAGGGUGAAAGCUCAGUCGAAUUAUAUAGCCAGGUGCUAUUAACAGGUGCCCGAUGUGUUGAACUGGAUUGCUGGGAUGGGGACGAUGGUACCCCAGUUAUAUACCACGGUCAUACAUUCACCACUAAGAUCCCAUUUCGUGCGGUUGUAGAAGCAAUCAACAAAUCUGCCUUUGUGCAAUCUGUUUAUCCUGUAAUACUAUCAAUAGAAAAUCAUUGUUCAGUAGCUCAGCAGCAGAGAAUGGCAACCAUAUUUCAAUGCAUUUUUGGCGAAAAAUUAGUGGCUAAUUUUCUUUUUGAUCAGGAUUAUACGGACGAACCUUUCUUGCCUUCACCGUUAUCGUUAAAACACAAGAUACUAAUCAAGAACAAAAAGUUGAUUGUAGAAGUUCCUGCGACGCUAUCAACCGGUUUGACUCGCCAGAACACAUAUAAACAAUCGAAUCUAUCCAGUAGGGCAAGCUCAAUUAUAUCAAACACUAGUGGUAGCUCCCUGAAUGAAGAAUUUAGUGAUGACGAAUAUGAAGAUGAUGAUGAUUUUGACAAUAUUGAUGAAAAAACAUAUCAUGGAACCUGGGGAUCAAUAGAGGAUAAAUCUAGACAUAGUUUGUCUCAUGCGAAUAUCUCGACACCGACUAGGCAACGACUCGAACAGCAUCACAUACAAUUACAGCAACAACAACUUUUUCACCAACAGGAUGAUCGAUCCCGAAAGCGUAGCAAUCAGAUAGCCCGUGAAUUAUCGGAUCUAGUUAUUUACGUCCAAGCAAUUAAAUAUCGCGGCCUCAAUCCGUAUAGUCCCCACAAUUCAAUGCGUGCCAACCCCAGACAACAGCUCAAACCUAGCGGUAGUGUUGUAACUGUUGGAAGUAUUCUGAAAAACAGUUCAGGUGACACGUUGAGCCUACCGUCUUCUAGCCACUUAUCAGAUAAUCUCUCUUUGAGCUUCGAUACUUCCAGUAUCAGUGGAAGCGAAAGUCAUUUGCCACAAUCUAUACGUACCCGAACCAUGCCCAAUGCAAACCAUCCGUGCUUUCAAUGUUCGUCGUUGAACGAAGCUAGUGCAAAGAAACUUUGUCGAAAAGAUCCUCUUGGGCUUAUUGCCCAUACUGAAACACAGCUUAUGCGAACUUAUCCAGCUGGUCUAAGAAUAGACUCAUCGAAUUUCAAUCCCGUGUUCUUCUGGUCAUUUGGAUUUCAAAUGGUUGCUUUGAAUUACCAAACGGAAGAUAUGCCUAUGCACAUCAACAAAGCGAUGUUCGAAGAAAACAACAGCUGUGGAUACGUACGUAAGCCGGAUGUUCUUUGGAAUAGAUCCCAUUUAAUGUAUAGAAGAUUCAACCCUUUGGAGAAAGAAUUUGACGGAUUGCAUGUGACGCAACUAGUGAUAAAUAUAGUUUCUGGGCAGUAUUUAAAUCAAGUGACACAGGGUUCAACAAUUCACGUAGAGAUCGAGCUAUUAGGAAUUCCAAUUGAUUGCGGCAGACGAAGAACGAAGCCAAUUAAGAAUAACUUAUUCAAUCCGGUGUGGAACGAAACAUUCUUCUUCAAAAUCAUGUUUCAUGAUUUAGCAUUCCUAAAAUUCACUAUUUAUGAAUCGGAAUCAGUUGUUGUUGCUCAAAGAGUAAUAUCGCUGAAAUGUUUCCGACCUGGAUAUCGGCACGUGCGCCUGCGUUCUCCAACAAACCAGCCUUUGAACAUGGCCUCGUUGUUCGUUUACACGAAAGUUGAAGAAGAAGGCUUGGAUAGAUCGUAUGGUGAGAUAGAUGAACAAUAUCUUCAACAAACACGAUUAGCCAACAAAAAGGAUUUAUUUGAUGACGUUGAACCACUUUUAGAAAAUAAAGUUCCUCUUUUAAAACGGAAGACAUUCUUCUGCACCAUAUAUGACGCAGUUCCGAACAAUCCAUUCACGAUUCUCAAAAUUACCCAAGAAUGCACAACGAAAGAUGUACUCAUGAUGGUGUUACAAAAAAUGCAUAAAACAAGAAUGGAUAUAUCUAAUUAUAUUUUGAUUGAGGAGGUCUACACAGGUUGGGAGAAAAAGGAUAAGAGACAUCCACCAACACAGCGUGUUUUGGACAUGACUGAAAAACCACUACAAGCUCAAGCUAGCUGGAAAGGUGAUGGUCGAUUCAUUUUGAAAAGGAUUGGGAAUGAUCCGAGUAGCCGCGCAUGGGUUACUUCCAUUCGUAGAACAGCAGACGCGAGACGAGCUUCAAUAGCCACUACCACAGGUGGUAGUGAAACCACUGCUGGACAAGAAGCAGCAACAUCUGCCGAUGAUCUUCUUGCUCUUGAGAAUGUUGAUAAUUUUCUCGUAUGUGUAUUCAAUGUAUCGCAUGACAUACCAUACGCCAUACUUCGUGUACCUAUGAAAUCAACUGCACAAGACGUACUGGCACAAGCAUUAUUAAAAGCUCGCCGUAUUGAUAAUCCUAACAAUUUCGUGUUAGUCGAAGAACUAAAUUACAGUAACAAAAGCAAUGAUACAAUGCAGCGAAUCCUUAUGGAUGAUGAAAACGUCUAUACGACACAAGCGAACUGGAAAUCGAUUGGUAGAUUCGUUAUACAUGAACGUAAUCAACUCACACCAUCAACGAUCCGUAGAACAAUACUUCCAAUCGAAAAAAUAAGUCGCGGUUUCAGCAUCAGCCGUGGGUCAUCAUCUUCGUCAACUUCUGUCCAUUCAAUGGCUUCGAAAUCGCCAAUUCAGGUUGCACUUAGCGAUCCAACAACAUCAAGGAUAAAAUGUCGUUCAUCUGAUUCAUCGUCACAUGGUGCCAAAUCAAAACAUUUUCAAUCAGUAUCUGGUACUAGUGCAUCAAGCAACAGCUACGAUGGGAGGCACAAAUUCAAUUCAGAAAAGGAUACAUCGUUUUCAAGCACUAGUAGCAGCAGUAACGCGACAUCGAAAUCCGGAAAUCGUCGAGAGGUUCACUCUGAAGGCGAAACACUCAGCGACGAAGAAGCUAAAGAAAGUGACAUAUUAUCAACCAUGUCACGCUUUAAGCGAAUGUCGAUCAAAAAGCUCAAAUCGUGGAAAUCGUAAUUCCCACAGGCUACGGUUUAAGACAACAAACUAGAUCUAUGGAAAAAGGCUUAGUUCAGUAUUUAGUUUGAUAAUUUAAGCGGCAUUUGAGAGACUAUCUUGAAACUGAUAUCCAUUUUCAUUUUCAAGUAAAUAUACUUUUGAUAUUAUUCGAUCAUUUUGCGAAAACAGAUUCAAGUAUGAUUUGGUUGGGGAACAACCUUCAAAUAUUGAAUCAUUUUUCAUACAGACAAUAAAAUAUCCCCUGAUUUAUCAAAAUAAGUUUGUAUAUUCUUCUACAGUGGCAUCAGUUUUAAAAUAUUCGUUCUCUGAAUUUAUUAAAAUUUUUGGUGGGAUAAUGAGUUUAAAGUGUGCGCAUGUAAAAUAGCCUUGUUUUGUUUUUAAGAACACAUUUGCACUAUAAACAUAUUUAUGCUUAAUAAUUCAACUAAACAAAUCCACAUCCAAAUUCUUAAGCACAAGUAUUGUUACAUAAUUCGAUACUCGUUUACGAAAUUUCGUACCGUACGGUACGGAACAUUCAGUGGUAAAAUGUGCGAGUUAAAGAAUCCCAUGGUGAUAGAUACAAACCCUGUUUAAUAUUCACGUUUGGUAAAACACUAAUGAACUACAACAGAAAACUAUGUGAUAACUAAUUAUAAAUAAUUAUAAACAUGGUAAGAUCGGAUUAACCUUUCGUUCAUAUUUAUUUACUGUACAGUUGUAAAAGAAUAAGAAAUCUUUCAUAUACAAUAUAAAUUAGUACAUUCGCUACACAAUCUCAUCUGGAAUCAGGAUUUUAAAGUUAGAUUCACCCGGAUCAAAAGAUGAAAUAAUUGAAUACGAUCAUAUCUGUUAUACAAUCUAUCAAGCAUUCUUUACAAAACCAAACAAUCGUUGAAAUGACACGAUAUUUUUGUUUUGUCCGACAAAACGAAUAUGUUACCACUACAAGAAUUGUUGUUAUUCAAAUCACCUACAAAGCAGUGUAAUAGUAUUAUUCCAGUUCAGAACAGAAUAUUUACAAAAAAAUCGCUUCAAUUCAUCCGGUGACUACAUAGCAGCAACCAUUCAUUCUUACAAUAGCAAAACGAAAAAAAGGAGUAAAUCACAAAAUAAUAGUUUAUUAUUGAUGUUUACAUAAGUGUCAAUCUGAGAUUUGUACGAAAAUUUAUCGAUUUAGAAAUGUAAAAAAAACAACUUAAAUUUCUAGAGAUAAAAAGCAUAAAGACGUAUGGAAGAAUGAACAAAAGAAUGCAAAAGAUGACCCUAUAUACACAUUGUAACAAAAUCCAAGUUAAUAUUAGGAGUUUUUAUAAAAUGUUUUAUUUUUUAUUAUGCAAAAUCGUUGGAACAACUAUUGAGCAGAAUAUGUACCAAAACCUUUUCACGAAAUGAAGUUUGUUGAAAAAAUUACAUUCAUCACUGAUACAGAAACAACUUUUAAUAAACACUAUUUUUACAUCAAUCAUUCACAUCCAACCCAAAAGCAAAAGGAAAACCCUUUACAAUGAAAAUGAAUAAUGAAUUUUAGAGGCGGAGAAUUAUGAUCGACUAGUUACGCUACUGGAUAGAUUUUUCGAAUAUGAAAAUAAGUGACAUUGAAUUGACAUAAAUACAACAAAACAAAAUUCAAAUCAAUCAAUCAAACUGCAAAUUCCGAAUAAUUUUUCUAUCACCUACCCUUCUUGAGUAGAAUUAUGUCAUCCCGAAUUGAAACCCAAAACGUUCUAAACAAACUGCAAUCUAUUCAUAUAUAGUUUUAUCUACAAAUCAAACAAUCUAUCCGCUAGGAUUAUCAUAUUGUCUGCAUCCUCACAAUGUUUGAUAAGAUUUUUCGAAAUAAUUGCAUCACCGAAAUAUGCCCCGCAGAUGGAACUUGCCAUGCUUGCAAUCGUGUCGGUAUCUCCUCCUAAUGAAAUCGCAUACUCAAGCGUGGAACGGAAUGAAAGCUGCGGAGACUGAAAGUUGAAAAAAAAGAGAUAGUUUGUCAGUGAAGCUAUGAGGAAAAAAUAGAACGUUCGCAUCUCUUGCCUCUACCAAGUUUUAACUGGAUGAGUUAGAUUGUAUAUUAUUUGUGUUUGUACACGAUAAGUCAAGGAAAUCGCUUCAGAGUCCUGCUAAGAUUACACUUAUGGUGAGAUUAGGCACCCACGAAUGGCAUCCUGAAUUUGGGGUGCAGCUCUGGUGGCUUAUAUAAACAAGAAGAAUACUGAAUGACGUGUAAAUAAAGAUAAGCAUGUUUAGAACAAUAGGAGUUUACAUGAAUUUCAUAUAUUCAACCAAGAAGCUCAUAUACAAGCAUAUACAAGCUCAACCAGAACAUUAGAGGCGAAUGAACUGCAAAUUUUAAAGCCUCUUAAAAACAAAGAAUUGAAUUGAACCAACCAGAAUAGACAUGUGAAAACUUCAUGUUGAAGAAAACAGACAUGUUUACACACAGAGCUUCGAGAGCAUUUUCCUAGCCGGCAGACAACAAGAUCAACCAGAAUAUAUAUGUGAAAAAUGUCUGUUUUCUAGAACAGAAAGUUUUCGCAUAUCUAUUCUGGUUAACAAGGUCAACGGUCUGUCGGUCUGGAAACAUGAUUCUAAUCCUUUCAGAGCUCUGCGCGGAAAUAUGAAACUGUUGAUGGGUUGUUUGCUCGUUCUGUGAGACGAACCUUCGUGAAGUACUUAUGUGUCAUUUCUACAAAUUAACUAUAAAGCAUGAAUCUGAUCCAGCGAUGUUUAUACGAUUUCUCCUGAUUUAUCUCCUGCGACUUCUACGGGACUUUUUUAAAUCGUUCUUCCACAACAUAUGUCAUCGGUGCUAACCUCUUCUCUACUGUCAUCGUUUCCCAUACAGAUACGUUUCGAAGCAACCGUACGUCGACCUGGUUCAUCUUAAAUCUACCCAAAUAAGUUUUCAAUGAAUGUAAAUAUCAGGUGUAAAUUCCGAGAAAAGUUUUCUGCUAAUUAUUUAUUCCUAAGACUUGAAAACAAUCUCUAUUCUAGGCAUCGCAAAAUUGAGUGUACCCUUAAAUUUCUCCGAACAAAUUAGUAUUGUAAGUAAGUUUCUUUACGAAUUAGCGUACUUUUUUUCAUCAGUGAUUGGUGUCAACACUUAAACAUUGCUUGGGCAGUGUUGGUUUACGUUAUUUAUUGAUGUUUAAUUUUGUUUUUAUCAAAAUGGCAAGUUAGAGGAAAGAAAUAGAUAUUGUUACUCGUACAAUGAUAAUAAGUACCUUGAAGCUCCCUUAUAUCAGCCAGUGCAUAAUUCCACCCACUUGACAUAAAAUACUGUUUUUCACACUAGCUAUGUUAGUACUAUUAGUUAAGCUUAACGAUAUAAAUUUCAGCUAGUAUCGUUCGUCGACCUGUCAUCCGCCAUUUUUGUUGUUGUCCUUAGCAAGUGGCUAUGAGCAUUGUCCACAGUUGUUAUCAAUUUACCAAGUGUGAACGAUUGAAAAUCUCAGGAAAGUAAUAAAAACUGAACGAUACAGGUACGCUGCAUUGAUUUAGUUUUUUCACAUCUUUUCAUUGCAAAUUCGACCGGUUAUCACCAAAAUAAACAUAGCUGGAACAAGAACACCCAUAUUCCUACUUGUUUUUUUAUUUCACCCAACAGAUUUCAUUUGCUAUAUUGCGAUGAGUAAAACAAACGCCGGUCAGAAACACAUGCAAUAGGAUAGAUCGAAAAUAGCAGACGCUGUGAAAAUGGCGAGAACCGGAUGUCCCUUUCGAACGCACGGAAUUCCGUAUUCAACACUGCGCGAGAAGGUCUUGGGAAAGUAUUCUGAACCACGUCCUGGAGAAGCAACCGUUCUCGAUGUCACAGAAGGAUGAAUACUUGAAUGGCUGUUAGCCGACACAAAAGCUGGAUUCCCCGUGAACACAAAUAGAUUACUGUUAAGGUGAAGGUGGAAGCUAGCCAUUGUAGUAGUAUAGGUAAACCCACGUGUAAAAAUGGGGUAAUAGUAUUUGUGAGCGAAGAGCAAAGCACAUGUAAAAAGAUCAAUUCACUUAUCAGACUGUGUGGCGCUUCAUUGACACGAGUCUUUGAAUACAUUUGAAAAAAAAACAAUUCAAUACUGAAGUUAAAUGUAUGAACGAGGAUGCUGGCAGAGCAUGACCGAAAGCUGGGCCGCAGCAAGAGCGGGAUCGGGUUGGAUGUCCCGGAUUGUUCCUGUUUCUCAAGGGUGUUUUUUACCCUUGGCUUGUCCAGCAGAACAUAAAGUUCCCUAUUACUCUCUUUCAAAAUUGACAUACGUCACAUGUCUCUUAUGAGACGAUGUUGCUAUGCACGGAGAAAAAACUUGUGGGACAUAUGACGAUGUCGCUAAUUGUGGAUAAUGGAAAUCCAACGUGCCCCACGAUUUUAUUUUAGUCCUAUCAAUGCCCUAGACUAAUGAAGGAGAGGUGUGAUAACUGCUAACUGCUACUUGCCUAAUUAUUUUCUAGCUUUUAGUACAUUGUUAUGUUUAAUCACAAUUAAACCGUUUAACUUAAAAAGUUUUUUUUACUUAUUUUAUUCUUUAGUUUUUAGCACAUUAUCUGUUUCAUCAAAAUAUUUCUCUACAAUAAAAUCAUCGUACAGUAUUCUAUCAGUCAAAUAAUUUCAUUUGAUACCGAUAUUGAGUGGAUUGCAGAAAGACAUAGUGUUCCUCCAAGUAAAAUUCGUUCGUUUGAUACACAUAUCUCGUAUGUGGGAAGUAAUCCAAGAUCCUCACGGUAGCGAUCACUUACCAAUCAUUAUUUCUAUUGCCAAUGAGAUGUGUCCCCAGAAAUUGGUCGAAGUUGUAUACGAUCUUACCCAUAAUAUUGACUGGGAGAAAUUUGCUAGUAUUAUAUCAGAGAGCAUCAAUUCGACUCCUGAACUUCCACCUCUCGAAGAAUAUGAUUUCAUUGCUAGUUUGAUUUACCACACUGCCAUUCAAGCUCAAACGAAACGUUUCCCUGGUGCAAAACUUCGCCGACGCCCUGGUGCUCCUUGGUGGGACAAAAAGUGCUCGGAUGCUUAUUUCAAUAAAUCCUCUGCUUUCAAAAUUUUUCGCAAAAAUGGCUCAAUGGAAAAUUUUGAUAAGUAUGAACUUUUGGAGACCACAUAUACUUCAGUAUUACAAUUUGAUCAUGUUGAUUUUCUUAACACUUUCGUCGCUCCGUCAAACAGAUAUGGGUGACACUUUCCUCGUUCAAAUUGGAUAGGAUUUUUAGAAAGAAUUUGAUAGAAUAGGCACCUAAAUGUAACUAUAGAAUAUGUAGAAAAAUAAUAAAAUUAAAUCAUAAUAUUAUACAGUUAAUACUAUACUUUUUAUUAAUUUACUAGCUAACCCGGCAAACUUCGUCCCGCCCAAAAUUUAUUUUUCGUUAUCACAUCCACCUUUUCUUACUAAGCACACGUUCAUGGGUCCAAUCGCAGAACUGUUCGUUGAUUGAUCUUCUUAUCUACCCUUUAAAAUUAUUUUUACUAUAAAAUUUCAGUACUUCUACCAAAACUCA